AUGGGCCUAAUCAAGGAGGUACAAUACUCACCAGAUCUGAAGAUCGCGAGUAUUGGUGCCGGUGCUCUCUGGCGCGACGUCUACUCCUCGCUCGAACCAUACGGGGUGACUGCUCCAGGGGGUCGCACCUCGACCGUUGGUGUUGCCGGUUUCCUCACCAGUGGCGGCAACAACUUCUUCAGCGCCGAGGUCGGUCUCGGCUGCGACAAUGUCGUGAAUUUCGAAGUCGUCCUGGCCAGCGGCAAGAUCGUCAAUGCCAACAGGGAGACCAACUCUGAUCUGCACAAGGCCCUCAAAGGAGGAUCGAACAACUUUGGCAUGGUCACCCGCAUCGACAUGCAGACUGUUGAUGUUGUAGAGAUCUGGGGCGGUCAGAUUGUUUACCCUCUCAGCACGACAGAGCAACACAUCGCCGCCUAUGUGAAGUGGGUUGACAACAUUCCCAACUACACCAAGGGCUCGGCUGUCACAUUCUGGGCUUACUCACCAUCAGCCGGCACCGUCGUGUCAACUGCUGUCCAUGACACCGCAAAUUCCGAGUGGGUCCGGGCUUACGACGAUUUCCGGAACAUCCAACCUCAAACCAUGAACACGCUCCGCCACGAUAGUCACCUGAAUAUGACGGUCGAACUCGAGGAACCGACUGGGUACCGCCAGGUCUGGUUGACUUUGACGGGCAAGAACGAUGCGCGUUUCAUACGUCGCGCUGUCGAAGCCCAAAGCAAAUUCAUCGAGAACUGGAAGAACACCCAACACGCUGAUUUUCUCAACUACAUUACCUUCCAAGCCAUGCCAGCUUUGCUCUUCCGUCACUCGGUCGAGAAAGGCGGUAAUGUCAUCGGUAUGGAUCGGGAGAAGUGCAAUGCAAUUCUCUUCCAGAUGCAGCAUAUGGUUCGCUCUGCAGACGCUGAGAAAGAGGCCCGUCGGCAACUUGUCGCUUUGCGAAAAGAGCUGAAGGACUACAGUGUCGCAGAAGGUAUCGACGUGGAGUGGGAGUACCUGGGCUACGCGGACAGUGACCAAGAUCCGCUGAGCACUUAUGGCCCUGAGAAUAUCAAGUUGCUCAAGGAAGUUGCGGCUAAGUACGAUCCAGAGCAGGUGUUUCAGAAGAGAGUUCCUGGAGGCUUCAAAAUCUCCAAGGUUGCGUGA